GCGAGGGCGCUCGCCGGCGAUCGAAGGCGGCAGCCCCGCCAGCCACGGCCCGGCCAGCAGCGCGAGCAGCGUGCGCUCGGUGUCAGAGCGCGCCGGACGUGCCCGCGCUCCGAACCUCGACGCACGGCGAAUGGAGCGGCCCGCGGGAAGAAUACCGUAAGGAGAGAACAACGACGUCGUCUCAUCGACUUGCCGGCUGGCCGGUCGCUCGAGGAGGGGAGAGGGUGGUGUGCUGUUCGUUGUGGUGGGGGAGGAGGAGGCGGUGAAUAAGGUUAUCGCGGGAAGCAGCACCCGUUGCUCCCCCUUUUUUUUUUUUCCUUUCCUCCUUUUACGGACGAGGAGCAAGCCUGGCUGAUCCGGCGGCGGCGUGAAAGUGCGUGGCGGUGUCCGGCGGCUUUUUCGUUCUUUCUUUUUUUUUUUGACCCUUCUCCAGUGCCGGUGUUGUUUGUCGGCGUUGCGACACGGCGGCACGCAGCUAGGCCUAACCAGCCAUGGGGGACGCCGAAGGGUCGUCUGAACAGGACGACGUGUCAUUCCUCCGCACGGAUGACAUGGUGUGUCUCCAGUGCACGGCCACUGGAACCCGAGUGUGCCUUGCCGCGGAAGGUUUCGGCAACCGACACUGCUACCUCGAAAACAUCGCCGACAAGAACUUUCCCCCGGAGAUGCUGUCAUGCGUGCUGGUACUGGAACAGGCGCUGUCGGUGCGGGCCCUCCAGGAGAUGGUCACGGCUGCCAACUCGGACACGGGCAAAGGAACGCAGUCGGGCCACAGAACUCUGCUGUAUGGUCACGCCGUGCUCUUGAGGCACCAGAAUAGCAACAUGUACCUGGCCUGUCUUUCGAGCAGCUCAUACAACGACAAGCUUGCCUUCGAUGUCGGCUUACAAGAUCACUGUCAAGGCGAGGCGUGCUGGUGGACCAUUCACCCGGCCUCCAAGCAGAGGUCCGAAGGAGAGAAGGUCCGCGUCGGAGACGACCUCAUCCUCGUCAGCGUAGCCACCGAGCGAUACCUGCACACGGCCAAGGAAGGCGACGACACGAUCGUGAACGCCAGCUUUCAUCUCACGCAUUGGUCAGUGGCACCAUUCGGGACGGGCACCAGCAGAACGAAGAACGUUGGUUAUGUAUUCGGCGGCGAAGUGCUAAGGUUCUUUCAUGGCGGUGACGAGUGCCUCACCAUACCGCCCAACUGGAGUGAGGAGGCCGGUCAAAACAUCAUUGUCUACGAAGGCGGUGCAGUCCUGAAUCAAGCUCGUUCUCUAUGGAGGCUCGAGUUAGUGCGAACAAAGUGGGCGGGCGGCUUCGUGAACUGGGGCUACCCGCUCCGCAUCCACCACAUCACGACGGGCCAAUACCUGGCCUUCGGCGAGAACCGAGAGGUUUGCCUCGUGCCGCGAGAGCGCGCCACCGUCGCGGCGACGGCGUUCUGUCUCAGGCAGACCAAGGACGACAAGAAGAUCGUUCUGGACGAAAAAGAGGAAGAGGUUCUUGGAUCACCCCUUAUCAAAUAUGGUGACACGACGGUGUUUCUGCAGCAUCUUGAGACGGGACUCUGGCUAUCGUACAAGACGUAUGAAACUAAAAAGCGAGGAGUUGGAAAAGUGGAGGAAAAACAGGCCAUUAUGUCCGAAGAAGGCAAGAUGGACGACGGCCUCGAGUUCAGCCGCGCCCAGGUGGAGGAAUCCCGCACUGCGCGCGUCAUCCGUAAAUGCGGAUCACUCUUCAACAAGUUUAUCGUAAACCUGGACGCCAUGCAAAGUGGUGCCGGUAGGCAGGAGUCUGCCAUGAGCACCAUCGACCAGGACGAGAUGAUCAUGUGCUUCGAGGACCUCAUCAACUACUUCGUCCAGCCGGAAGACGACAUCGAGCACGAAGAAAAGCAAAAUAAGCUAAAGGCUCUCAGGAACAGACAAGACUUGUUUCAAGAAGAGGGCAUCCUGAACCUCAUCCUGGAAACGAUAGAUAAAAUCAACGCGAUCACAACGUCCGGAUACCUGGUGUCCAUGGGAGGCGAGGACGCCGGUCAGAGCUGGGACACGAUAUCUGGCUUUCUGUACCAGCUGCUAGCUGCCAUCAUCAAGGGAAACCACACCAACUGCGCUCAGUUCGCCCAACCACAUAGACUAGACUGGUUGUUCAGCCGGCUGAGCAGUCAACAAGCCUCCGAAGGAACAGGCAUGUUGGAUGUAUUGCACUGCGUGCUGAUUGACAGCCCUGAAGCUCUCAAUAUUCUCAAAGAAGAUCACAUCAAAGUCAUCAUUUCUCUCCUUGAAAAGCAUGGACGUGAUCCAAAGGUGCUGGACGUCCUGUGCUCCCUCUGCGUCACCGGCAAGGGUGUGGCUGUGCGCAGCAGCCAGAACAACAUCUGCGACAACCUGCUUCCCGGCAAGAACCUGCUGCUGCAGACCCGUCUCGUCGAUCACGUGGCCAGCAUGCAGCCCAACAUUUUCGUUGGCAAGGUCGAGGGGGCGGCACUGUUCAGGCGCUGGUACUAUGAGGCCAUGGUGGACCACUGCGAGCAAGUGAGCCACCUGGAUCCCCACUUGCGCAUCGGCUGGGCCAACACGGCCGGUUACGUGCCCUACCCGGGCGGAGGGUCCAAGUGGGGUGGAAACGGACUCGGAGACGACCUCUACUCGUUCGGCUUCGACGGCGCCUGCCUCUGGACAGGGGGUCGCUGCAACACGGUAAGGUCGUCUUCACCACCCUACAUUCGUAAGGGCGACGUCAUUGGGUGCAUCAUCGACCUGAACGUGCCGGUGAUCAGCUUCACGGUGAACGGAAUCAAGGUGAAGGGCUGCUUCCGAAGCUUCAACACCGAUGGCAUGUUCUACCCGGCGAUCAGUUUCUCGGCGAAAGUGAGCUGUCGAUUCCUGCUCGGCGGAGACCAGGGCAAGCUCCGGUACGGCCCUCCUGACGGCCACUCGGCCUUGGUCGAGGCCCUGCUGCCGCAGCAGGUGCUCGCCGUCGAGCCGUGCUUCCAGUUCGGCGACGUGCCCAAGGGAGUCCUGUUCGGGCCGGCGCAAAUUGCUGACGACGUGGUUUUCGUGCCGUCACCCGUGGACACGUCCAACAUUACCCUUCCCAACUACAUCGAGUCCGUCCGGGACAAGCUCGCCGAAAAUGUCCACGAAGUGUGGGCAAUGAACAAGAUUGACAUCGGGUGGAGAUAUGGAGAGGUGAGAGACGACGGCAAAAAGUUCCACCCGUGCCUGACAUCAUUCGAGCACUUGCCGAUGGCCGAAAAGAAGUACGACACCACACUGGCUCUUCAAACUCUCAAGACCAUCCUUGCCCUGGGCUACCACAUCACGGUGGACAAGCCGCCCGCGCGUAUAAAGACAGUCAAACUCCCAAACGACCCGUACCUCCAACCCAACGGCUACAAACCGGCUCCAUUGGAUCUGGGUGCGAUCACGCUGACUGCCAAGAUGGAGGAGCUGGUGGACCAACUGUCUGAGAAUACGCACAACGUGUGGGCCCAGGAGCGCAUCCAGCAGGGAUGGACGUACGGCCUGGUCGAGAACCAGCCAACGAGGAGAAGUCCACACUUAGUGCCUUACAAAAGCGUCGAUGACGUAAUCAAGAAAGCCAACAGGGAUACUGCUGGAGAGCUGGUCAAGACACUUCUUGCUUAUGGCUAUGUCCUGGAGCCUCCAACAGCUGAAAGCCUCGAAGGCGUGCAAAGUAAAGUAGCAUCAGUGAAAUACGAUCAACGAACCUACCGUGCCGAAGUAACGUACUCCGUUUCUGAAGGGAAGUGGUACUUCGAGUUCGAAGUGAUGACACUGGGUCCCAUGAAGGUCGGGUGGGCGAACGCCAGCAGCUUCCUGCCAUCUUGCGAGAUCGGUGGUGACCAUAACUCCUGGGCCUACGACGGCUUCCUGGCUAUCAAAUCCCACGGCGGGGGCACGGAGUCUUAUGGCAAGCAAUGGAUGAUCGGUGACGUCAUUGGAUGCAUGCUCGACCUACAUGACCGCACCAUCAGCUACUCUUUGAAUGGAGAAUUACUACUUGACAACCUCGGUGGAGAAGCUGCCUUCUCGGACAUUCCCUGCGGCGAUGGUGCAUCCUACGUACCCGCAUGCACAUUUGGCAUAGGUCAGAAGGCGAAGCUGGUCUUCGGUCAUGAUGUCAACCUGCUCCGGUUCUUCACCACCUGCGGCUUGCAGGAGGGGUACCAGCCUUUCUGCGUCAACAUGAACCGGAACAUGACUUUCUGGUACAACAAGGAUGAACCGAUGUUCGUCAACGUGGACGAUGCUUUCUCGCCGAACGUCGAAGUUAACAGAAUACCGGCUGGAGGAGAAUGUCCACCCGCUCUGAAGAUCACGCACAAGUUGUUCGAGUCUGUGGAGAAGGUCAACUACGAGUUCCUGAGGCUCAGUUUGCCCGUUUCUUGCAACGAGAACCUGAUCGAGGAGCUGGAAAAAGAGCACCGCUGGGAGGAAGUGCGCCGCCGACAGCGGCGGGCGCAAGCCGAGAAGUCCAGCGUACGGCAUCCAGGUAACCCACAAUCAAACUUGGAGCACCACAUGCUUCGCAGCGGAUUCAGUAUGUCCGACGUCAAGGACCUGCAGCGCGGCUACUCGGACGAAGGCGGCGACACCGAGGAGCCGAUACCCGUGGAACACCGGCCCCCGACACCCCAGCAGCGGCGCCGCUCCAUGCUCAGCCCCCGCGGUACCACCGGCACCCUCACCAAGACGCAGUCGUUCGAUGCUGCCACCACCUUGCAGGUUCCUGACGGAUCCCGUCCGGACCCUAAGCGGCUGCGGGCAGCUUCGAGCGAGGAGGCGCUCAACCGGCUAGGCCAGAAGCCCAAGGCCGGUCAGCGAACCAAAGCGGUCACACCCGAACCUGAGAGCAAGUCCAAGCGCCGUGGCAAGUCGCCUUUCCGCUUCUUCCGCAAGAAGGAGGAGAAGGAGGAUGCCACCACCACCACAACCCCUUCCUCGGGACAAGCGCCCCCGUCCUCAAAGGGGGGUCAGCAACAGAGCAUGUCCCCGCCGCUGCUCACAGUGCGACCUCCAUCCGUCCAUAGACUGUCGCCAGCUCCCAGCAACCAACUCCUGUGCCCACCUGUGCCCGAGAGACCCACCUCGUUGUCUUCGCCGACGAGUCCCGGAAGUGGAACCGGAGGCGGCACUUCCACCCUGCCCCGCAGCGGAAGCUUCCGCCGGCCCUCCAUAACGCCCGGCCCGCCACCCCUGGCCACCGACGAGAGCGGUGACCACCUGGACACGUCGGUGCUGGAGCUGGUGGACGAGUACUUCUUCGGCCUACGCGUGUUCCCAGGCCAGGACCCGAACCACGUGUACGUCGGCUGGGUCACAACAGCGUACAAGUUCUACGACCGCACCUUCGGAAACUCCAAGGUGCGAAAGGUCGCUUUCCACGGGCUCAGCGAGGAUGGUCUCGUCCACCACGUCUUGGAACGCCAGAACUGCUACAUGGUGUGUGCGGGGCAGUUGGCCGCUGAGAUUAGCCAGGGCGACACGGCAGGCCGUUCUGCCAAUCAGGGCAUGUACGUGGGUUGCCACAUUGACGUGGCCACUGGUAUGAUCACGUUCAGCGCUGAUGGCCACAUGACUAGGCAGCGCUUCAGGAUGGAGCCGGGUACCAAGCUGUUCCCGGCGGUGUUCUUCGAGGCGACCAGCAAAGAGGUGCUGCAGUUCGAGCUGGGCCGCACGCCCACCACGCUGCCGCUGUCGGCGGCCCUGCUUCACACGACGAGCAAGCACCUGACGCCGCAGCUGCCUCCCAGGCUCAAGGUCCAAUGCCUGCAGCCGUAUGUGUGGGCCCGCGUGCCCAACGUGAACCUUCGCCCGCACGCCCUGCGGCUGUCCGAGGUGCGCGGAUGGAGUAUGCUGUGCGAAGACCCGCUCUCCAUGCUGGCCCUCCACAUACCCGAGGAACACCGCUGCAUCGAUGUCCUCGAGCUCAUCGAGAACGAGCGCCUGCUCAACUUCCACGCGCACACCCUGUCUCUGUACGGGGCGCUGUGUUUCCAGGGCAACCACAGAGCGGCGCACAUGAUUUGCUCGCACGUGGACGAGAAGCAGCUCAUGUACGCAAUACAGAGCGAGUAUCUUUCGGGACCGCUGAGAACGGGCUUCACCGACCUUCUUAUCUCUCUACACCUUGAGUUCCACGCAUACGCCAGGAGCUUGACGCAAAAUGAGUUCAUCGUGCCCCUUGGUCCCGACAUCCGAGCGCUGUACGAAGACUCAUGCACGGCGCAUUCUUUUUGCACCCUGGAGUGCGUCUCCAUACGGCCAGAGAUGUCCUUCUCAGAGACAAGGGAGAAAGUGGAGUCAAUUGCAGACCUCAGCACUCCUUACUUCCCUGUCGACACCCUCAAGCAGUUCGUCAUUGAAGCACUGGCCGACGCUGUCAAGAAGGACAGUCGCCCCAACCGGGACCCCAUCGGCGGUAGCAACGAGAACCUGUUCGUGCCCCUGCUCAAGCUCGCUGACAAGCUCCUGCUUGUUGGACUCAUGAACGACGACGACUUACAGUGGCUCCUCUACCUCCUCGACCCUAGCACCUUCCAGCCUGGUAAAGCGGGCAUCGGUGCUCCAGCCGCGGUGACCGGAAGUGACGGCGGCGGAGGCGGAAAUGGAGGCGUCCCACUGGGCCUCAUCGACAUGCAGAUCGCCGAGGGCGUCAAACUGCAGGUGUGCCUCAUCUUGCACCACCUGUGCGACCUGCAGCUCAGACACCGAGUGGAGGCCAUUGUUUGCUUCUCCGAUGACUACGUCGGAAACCUGCAGUCGGACCAACUGAGACGGUACAUCGAGAUCAAGCAGUCCGACCUGCCCUCAUCCGUAGCUGCCAAGAAGACCCGGGAGUUCCGCUGCACGCCCAAGGAGCAGAUGCGUGCCAUCCUCGGCUUCAAGAACUUGGAGGAGGAGAACAGCGACCAGUGCCCGUGUGGGGAAAACCUGCGUGAGGCACUGGGCACCAUGCACGAGGACCUGGUACAGCGGCUCAAGGCAGCCUCCACGGUUGAUGAGGUGGCCACAGAGGAGGAUGCUGAUAGCAAGAGCUCCCUGCGCCAGAAGCUCACGUCUCUGGUGAACUGGGUGAAGUCGCAGGAGGAGACUGGUGGAGAGGAGAAGGAGCACAUCAUACUUCCGGAAGAGAUCUUCACCCGCAAGGUAGUCCAAGUGGUGGUCAAAUGGGCAAAGCAGUCAGAGAUCGAGGACCGCGAGGUGGUGCGUCAGAUGUUUCGCCUGCUACUGCGCAUAUACAGCUCAGUCGGGGAGCUGAUGAACGCCUUGGAGAACACGUACGUCAUCAGCCACCGCAGUCAGGCCGACAUCAUCAGCGUGCUCAGCCACCUGGGACGGGUGCGUGCCUUACUGCCUGUCCAGAUGUCGCCCCUCGAAGAGGAAGUCAUGCGCAAGAGCCUCUGGGCUCUGGUGAACAACCGAAUCUUCUUCCAACAUCCAGACCUUAUCCGUGUGCUGCGUGUGAAUGAAAAUGUCAUGGAUGUCAUGAUCAACACUCUAGGAAAGCGGGCCCAGACACAGUCCUCGGGCCAGGCUCCUGCAGCAGCGUCUUCGCCUGCCUCACCAUCUGCACCCGAAGCCACACCGGCCGACAAGGACACAUCUCACGAGAUGGUGGUGUCUUGCUGCCGUUUCCUGUGCUACUUCUGCCGCACAAGUCGCCAGAACCAGAAGGCCAUGUUCGACCAUCUCGACUUCCUUCUUGAGAACAGCAACAUUCUGCUCUCACGCCCGUCACUGCGUGGUUCGACCCCGUUGGACGUGGCAUACAGCUCCCUGAUGGAGAACUCGGAGCUGGCUCUUGCCCUGAGGGAGCACAACUUGGAGAAGAUAGCUGCCUACAUGUCUCGAUGUGGCCUACAGUCUAACUUAGAGCUUGUGGACCGUGGAUACCCUGACGUUGGAUGGGACCCAGUAGAGGGAGAGCGCUACCUGGACUUCCUGCGCUUCUGUGUCUGGGUCAAUGGUGAGACAGUGGAAGAGAAUGCCAACUUGGUGAUCCGCCUCCUCAUUCGACGGCCAGAGUGUCUGGGUCCAGCACUUCGGGGUGAAGGUCCAGGGCUGUUAGACGCCAUUCGUGAGGCUGUCCGCAUGUCUGAACGCAUCGCUGCCGAACGUCUGCAACAACAGCAACAGGGUAUGCAGCUGGAGGAGCCUGGCGAAGACGACAUCGACAUGGGUGCGGCCAUCCUCAACUUUUACUGCACCCUUGUGGACCUGCUCGGUCGGUGCGCCCCCGAGGCAGCCACCAUCGCCCAGGGAAAGAACGAGAGCAUCCGGGCACGUGCCAUCCUGCGCUCCCUCGUGCCCCUGGAUGACCUGCUAGGGGCACUCAGUCUCCAUUUCACGCUUCAGAUACCCCGCAAGGGCGACACCACACCAAAGACUGAUCUGCCUGCUGGACUGCAGCCCAACCACAAGCAGUCCAUCGUGAUGUUCCUGGAACGAGUCUAUGGACUGGAGACACAGGAGACUUUCUUCCGCCUUCUUGAGGAUGGCUUUUUGCCUGAUCUCAGAGCAGCCACCAUGCUUGACCGGAUGGACAACACGGAGAGCGACAUGGCGCUGGCCCUGAACCGCUACAUUGGCAACUCGGUGCUGCCCAUGCUCAUCCAGUACCACCACUACUUCACCGACGCAGAGAACUACGCCAGUUUGCUGGAUGCAACAUUGCACACUGUCUACCGACUCUCCAAGGUCAAGAUUCUCACCAAGGGGCAGCGUGAGAAGGUCUCCGACUUCCUCGUCGCGCUUACCAGGGAAAUGCAGCCGAGCAUGCUUCUGCGCCUUUUGCGGAAACUCACGGUGGAUGUCUCAGUCAUCACGGAGUACACCGCCGUCGCCCUCAGGCUGCUGACCCUGCACUAUGAGCGAUGCAAGAGCUACUACAGCGCCAGUGGUGGCCAGGGAGCUUACGGGACAGCAUCGGGAGAAGAGCGCCGACUCACCAUGCUGCUCUUCACCAACAUUUUUGAUUCUCUGUCCAAGAUGGAGUAUGACCCAGAGCUGUUCAGCAAGGCGCUGCCGUGCCUGACAGCCAUAGCUUGUUCACUGCCGCCCGACUACUCUCUGACCGAGGGCCAUGAGGAGGACUGGUCCAAGCAGAACACAGCAUCCGGUCCCUAUGUGCCUGAACCAGUGAACACUGCAGGAGUUCAGCUGAACCAGGACUUGAACAGCAUUGUGCAGCGUUUCUCGGAGCACUUCCAUGAUGCCUGGGCAAUGCGAAAGCUUGAGCGAGGGUGGCAGUAUGGAGAACGCUGGAAUGAUGAAGCCAAGACCCAUCCAAGGUUGAAGCCAUACAAUCUGCUGACCGACUAUGAAAAGGAACGCUACCGGGACCCCAUUCGAGAGCUCCUCAAGGCUCUCUUGGCAUUCGGUUGGAAGCUGGAGCUAAGCGACUCAUCACAGCGCUCAAACGCACCCAUUGCAGCUCAAGCCCAGUCACCAAUGGCCUACAUGCCAACACCUGUGGAUAUGUCAACGCUGACACUCAACAAAGAUAUGAUGACAAUGUCUGAGCGGUUGGCCGAGAACACACACGACAUCUGGGCCAAGAAAAUGAAGGAGGAGCUGGACGCUGUCGGUGGUGGCAUACAUGCACAGCUGGUGCCAUACGACCUGCUCACUGACCGGGAGAAGCACAAAAACCGAGACCGUGCACAAGAGUUCCUCAAGUUUCUCCAGUAUGAGGGCUACCGCGUUUCAAGCAAGGCCCUGCGUCGCCGUGAACGGGGAGGUGCCCCGAGCGAGGAGCCACAAGCCCCCGGGCAAGGCCAGGCCCCAGGGCAGGAGCGCCGCUUUGCCAGCUCCCUGCUGGAGAAGCUGCUGCAGUACCUGGACAUGGCCGCGAUAAACCUCAAGGUUCUAAGGCCCAGCGUGCCCUUCAGCCGCCGGACAAGCUUCAAGACCUCCAGCCGGGACGUCAAGUUCUUCAGCAAGGUGGUGUUGCCAUUGAUGGAGAAGGUGUUUGUGGCUCACCGGGCGUUCUUCCUGAUGUCACCUACCGCCACUUCCACAGUUGGCACAGCCACCAUACGUGAGAAGGAGAUGGUCGCAAGCCUGUUCUGCAAGCUGGGUGGUCUGCUGAGGGCUAAAUUCAGCAUUUUUGGCAAUGAGUGCAAGCUCGCUGUCUCUUGCCUACAGGUGCUCAUUCGUGCAACAGAUGCAAAGGCCAUAGUGAAGAACUGUCCCGACUUUGUAAAGACCUCGAUGUUGACUUACUUCAACAACGCGGCCGACGACCUGGCCCAGACACUGGUAAACCUGGAGCAAGGCCGCUACAGCCAUCUGCGUGGCACAACGAUGAAGACUUCAUCGUCGCUCAACUAUGUCCAACUUGUGUUGCUACCCGUGCUCACCGCAUUGUUCGAUCACCUGGCUGCCAAUGAGUUCGGCAGCGACCUUUUGCUGAGUGACAUCCAGGUGGCCUGCUACAAGAUCCUCAACAGCCUGUACACAUUAGGCACCAACCUGGAACUUCAUAAUGGGAGGUCCUUUAUCAAGGCUGAGCUAGAGCGGCAUCGACCAGCGUAUGGCAACUGUCUGGGUGCCUUUGCAGCCACCUUUCCUGUCGCAUUUCUGGAGCCCUCACACAACAAGCACAACCCGUACUGCAUCCAUGGCAAAGCUCAAGAGCAUUCACUCGAAGCACAGGCUGUGAUGGCCACCCUAGAGUCAAGCAUGCCAACAUUAGAGGACCUCAUGGGGCAGGUCGAGAAGUUUGUGACGGGCAACGGGAAGUAUGCGGAGCAGCCCUUCAUCAUUGAUGUGAUGAUGCCUAUGCUUUGCAGCUACCUUCCCUUUUGGUGGAGUCAAGGUCCAGACAAUGUCAACCCUACAUCAGGAAACCACGUGACCAUGGUUACCAGUGACCACCUGACUGGCCUUUUGAAAAACGUCUUGAACCUUCUGCGCAAAACUGUCAAUAUUGAGGGUUCUCCUUGGAUGAUAACCAUCGCAGGGCACGCAGGCCAGAUUGUGAUAAACUCAUCAGAGGAACUGCUGCGGGACCCCAUCUUGCCACUGAUGGAGAAAGUCCGGCAGUGUGCGGACUCAGUAUUCCACAAGGAAGAGUGCAUGCGGAGCUACCUCAAGUCCAGCACUGACGACACCUCCCAGGCUGAGAGCCAGCUCCAAGAGGAGUUCUCACUCCUCGUUCGGGAUAUAUAUGCCUUCUUCCCUCUGCUCAUCAAGUAUGUGGACCUUCAGAGAAAUCACUGGCUCAAGAACAAUGUGAAAGAAGCUGAACAAGUAUACACUUGCGUUGCGCAUGUGUUCAACACUUGGAACAAGUCUCAGUACUUUCGGCGAGAGGAAGCCAACUUCAUCUCCCAGCACGAGAUCGACAACAUGGCGCUCAUCAUGCCCUCCUCGGGACGUGGACGAGCCAGUGUGCAGACCGUAGACGCUGGCCAGAGCCAGAAGAAGGAGAAGAAAAAGAAGCGCGAUGGCAAGCGGGACAAGGACAAGGAGCUGGCGGCCAGCCUCGUGGUCGCCUGCCUCAAGCGCCUUCUGCCCGUCGGCCUCAACCUGUUCGCCGGCCGGGAGCAGGAGCUCGUCCAACAUGCCAAGGAGAAGUUCCUCACAAAAUGCCAAGACUCGGACAUCUUUGAUUACGUCAAGCUCCAGCUAACUCUUCCUGAUAAGAUUGACCCCACGGAUGCCAUGAGCUGGCAACACUACCUGUACAGCAAGUUGGGCAGCCAACGGUCAACACCUGUGGAGCCCAACGCAGUGGUGCCUGUUGUAUCCCAGGACAGGCUCGUUGAGCGCAUCAUGGACAUGGCCAAGGUGCUCUAUGGACUACAUGUGAUCGACCAUGCUCAGAGCUCGCAGAAGGGUGCCUAUCGCAGUGUAGUGUCCACACAGCGCAAGCGGGCCGUCAUUGCCUGCUUCCGAAUGACCUCGCUGCACAGUCUUCCCAGGCAUCGCGCUAUCAACAUAUUCUUAAACGUGUACACUAAUCUCUGGCUUGAAGAGGAAAAUGUUGGCCAAGAGCAGCUCAUUGACGACCUCACGACCACAUUUGAGGAGUCUGAGAAGGAGCAACCUGCUGAAGAAACAGAGGAAGCACCCGAUCCCUUGGUGCAGCUUGUUGUGGCCUUCUCAAGAAAAGCCACGACUGAACACAGUGGCGUCAAUCCCGAGGAUCCUCUGUACAUGCAGUAUGCCUUCAUCUUUAGCCAGAGCUGUGGUGGUGCCGAAGAGGAAGAGGAGGAGGAGGAAGGCGAUGAAGAGUCUGGGCCUUCGAUUCAUCAAAAAUUUCGACGACUCAAGGAGCAAGAGUUGGAGAAGCAACGAUUGCUGUUUCAGCAGGCACGUCUCGCUAGCCGAGGUGUUGCAGAAAUGGCACUUCUCUACAUUUCUGCCAGCAAGGGUUGCCAUGGUCCAAUGGUGAUUGAAACCCUGAAGCUUGGCAUUUCUCUUCUGAAGGGAGGCAAUCAAGAAGUCCAAAUGCGGAUGCUGCAACACCUCAAGGAAAAGAAAGACGUUGGGUUCUUCACUUCCAUCGCUGGAUUGAUGAACUUGUGCAGCGUGCUGGACCUGGACGCCUUUGAGCGCACUCAAAAGGCGGAGGGCCUGGGUGUUGGGGCAGAGGGGACGGCAGGCGAGAAGAACAUGCACGAUGCUGACUUCACGUGUGCCUUGUUCCGCUUCCUGCAGCUCCUCUGUGAGGGCCAUAACUUAGAAUUCCAGAACUACUUGAGAACGCAAGCUGGCAACACAACAACGGUGAACGUCGUUAUCAGCACUGUGGAUUACCUGCUCAGGCUGCAGGAAUCGAUAAUGGAUUUCUACUGGCAUUAUUCAAGCAAAGAAGUCAUCGAUCAGCCGGGCAAGGACAAUUUCUGCCGUGCCAUCACGGUGGCCAAGCAGGUGUUCAACACCCUCACUGAGUUCAUACAGGGUCCAUGUUCAUUGAACCAGCAGGCGUUGGCACACAGUCGUCUCUGGGACGCAGUGGGCGGCUUUCUUUUUCUUUUUGCCCACAUGCAAGACAAGCUGUCCAAGAACUCAAGUCAGCUAGAUCUCCUCAAUGAGUUGUUGCAGCUGCAGCAAGAGAUGGUCAUCAUGAUGCUGAGUAUGCUUGAAGGCAAUGUGAUGAAUGGAACCAUUGGAAAGCAAAUGGUGGACACGCUGGUGGAAUCUGCCUCAAAUGUUGAGCUCAUUUUGAGGUUCUUCGACAUGUUCCUCAAGCUCAAGGAGCUCACAUCAUCAAGUUCAUUCCAGGAGAUUGACUCCAAGAACACCGGCUGGAUCACACCCAAGGACUUCCAGAAGGCCAUGGAGCAGCAGAAGAUUUACAACCCGGAUGAAAUUGCAUUUCUUAUGAGCUGCUGUGAACCAAACAUGGAUGACCUGAUAGAUUAUCGUGAGUUCACGGAGAGGUUCCAUAACCCAGCCAAAGAUAUUGGAUUCAACUUGGCUGUGUUGUUAACAAAUCUUUCGGAACAUAUGCCAAAUGAUCCACGGUUGCAGCGUUUCCUGGAAACUGCUAGCAGUGUGCUCAACUAUUUCGAGCAGUUCCUUGGUCGCAUCGAAAUUAUGGGUAGCAGCAAGAGAAUAGAGAGGGUCUACUUCGAGAUCAAAGAGUCCACAAUUGAUCAGUGGGAAAAGCCACAAAUUAAGGAGUCGAAGAGGGCCUUCUUCUACAGCAUUGUGACUGAAGGUGGUGACAAGGAGAAGCUAGAGGCAUUCGUUAACUUCUGUGAGGAUGCCAUAUUUGAGAUGCAGCAUGCGAGCAGCAUAUCAAAUGAAGACACUGACGAGCCUCCAGCCAAGGCAGAGCCGUACACAUUCUUGGGAGCCGAGGAGGCAAGGCCACCAGGCCCCCUGGAGCCUCUCAAGCAGGGCCUGGGCCUUCUGCGCGACGGCAUUGGUGCGUUGCUCUCGGUGCUGCGGCCGUCCAACAUCCGGCAUCAGUACCGGAAGCUGCGCUCCAUGACAUUUGGCGAGAUAUUGCUAGGAAGCUUCAAGAUGUCCUUCUUUGGAUUCUUCUACAUGAUUUGGCUCAUCUUUGCCUUUACAAGGAGUGUAGUGCGCGUGACCCUGCGCCUGAUGGGUGGCCAGCCCCUGGUGGGCAGCGCGGUGCCUGAAGAAGAUGCCAGGGGACUCAAGUACGGUGGUGCUGCGGGUCCACCGCUCGCUUUAGAGGCUGGGCCCAUGGCUGCGGCCAUGGCGGCAGGCAUGGCAGCGGGCGGGGGACUGCCGGCCGAGGCGGACAUGGCCCCGCAUAUGCGCGCCUUCGGCCUGGACAUCACCAAGACUGAGGAAGAUGGCGAAGUGAAGUACUACGUGCAACCUCCAAAGUCCACACUAAGCCCCCAGUCGAGCAUGGAUGAUGCCGACCAGACCACCGACGAGGAGACCAGCAAGGGUUCGCUGCACGAGAAGGGUUCACCCGAUGGAGAGCUGCCGGAUGGCCUUCCACCAGAUGCGCAGCAAACGGUCCUGGAUGGUGACGUCAAGACCAAGGAUGCUGGCCAGGCUACUAUGGAUGGGGACGUUAAGCGUGCUGCAAUGCCAACACCAGAGAUGGCGGCCAUGAUGAUGGCACCCCAGAUGGCAGCGGUAGAGCCACCCAAGCCAACCGAGGCGCCACCAGUUGCCGCCAUCGACUUGAGCGAGUACGGGCAAAAGAUUGUGAGCUUCCUGGCACGCAACUUCUACAACAUGAAGUACAUCGCACUCGUGCUAGCUUUCUUCAUCAAUUGCAUUCUCCUCUUCUACAAGGUUUCGACAGGCGAGAGUAGUGACGACGACGAAGCAGGCUCUGCUGUGGCCGCUGCCGCCGGGGCGCUGAGCGACAACGAGGGCGAUAGCGAUGCCGGCGGCGGUCUGGCUGAAGUGCUGGCUAAUGCAACCGAAGCUUUAUCCGACUCAGAAGGCAGCGAAGAGGAAUUGGAGGAGUGGGUGAUCAUAGAAGAGAAACUCUUCUAUCUGGAGCCCAUAAUCCGGUUCAUGGCCCUGUUUCACUCACUCGUCUCCUUCUGCAUGCUCAUCGCUUACUACCACCUCAAGGUUCCGCUAGCCAUCUUCAAGCGAGAAAAAGAAGUUGCCCGUGCCAUGGAGUUUGACGGCCUGUACAUCACCGAAGAGCCUGCGGAGGACGACGUACGCGCGCGUUGGGACAAGCUUGUGAUAAGCACCAAAUCUUUUCCUGUGAACUACUGGGACAAGUUUGUCAAGAAAAGGGUGCGUCAGAAGUACUCAGAGACGUACGACCCCGAGGCCCUGAGCAAUGUGCUUGGCAUGGACAAGAGUGGAUCUAUCUCUCAAGAAAAGGACGAACCCAGUGGCCUGUUCCCCUUCAUCACAAACGUGGACUGGAAAUACCAGAUUUGGAAGUCUGGAGUCACAAUCACUGAUAAUUCAUUCCUGUACAACCUGUGGUACUUCACGUUCUCGGUGAUGGGCAACCUGAACUACUUCUUCUUUGCGGCCCACCUGCUGGACGUGGCUGUCGGCUUCAAGACACUGCGCACCAUCUUGCAGUCGGUCACACACAAUGGCAAACAGCUGGUGCUGACAGUGAUGCUGCUGACCAUCAUAGUGUACAUCUACACGGUGAUAGCGUUCAGCUUCUUCCGCAAGUUCUACGUCCAGGAAGAGGACGACCAGGUUGACCACAAGUGUCACAGCAUGCUCACGUGCUUCGUGUUCCACCUCUACAAAGGUGUGAGAGCAGGUGGCGGAAUUGGUGAUGAAAUCGAGCCUCCGGAUGGGGACGAAUACGAGGUGUACCGCAUCAUCUUCGACAUCACUUUCUUCUUCUUUGUCAUUGUCAUCCUGCUGGCCAUCAUUCAGGGUCUCAUUAUUGACGCCUUUGGAGAGCUGAGAGACCAGCUGCAAAGUGUGGUUGAUGAUAUGGAGUCCAACUGCUUCAUCUGUGGCAUCGGCAAGGAUUACUUUGAUCGGGUGCCCCAUGGCUUCGACACGCACGUUCAAAAGGAGCACAACCUGGCUAACUACAUGUUCUUCUUGAUGCAUCUCAUCAACAAACCAGACACAGAGUACACAGGCCAGGAAACGUUUGUGUGGGAGCUAUAUCAGAAACGCUGCUGGGACUUCUUCCCGGUUGGUGACUGCUUCCGGAAACAGUAUGAAGACGAGCUAAUGGGCGCGGGAUAACCAGCGCCUCUUUAAACUCAUUCAUCCCUCACCAAUCAGCACAUUUAGCCAGAAAGAUUUAAAACCAGUUGUUCAAGGCAUUACUUCCUGUAUUCAUGUCACUGAUGCAGGAAGUAGUGGGGCUUCAAAAUGUUUAGCAGGUGAUGUAACAUGGGAAAAUAAUCUUCAAAUUGCAGGCAAGUGCAGAUAACAGGAAGCUCUUUCAAAGUCGUCUGUUCAAAAUUGUACGCUGCAGAGCAUUUUGCUUGAUUUCAAGGGGUGGGUUAAAACAAUGUUUUGAGGUGCCAAAAUUCACACACCUUGAAAAGUUGCCUAGAUUGACUUGUGCCUGCAAAUAACAGUGUGCAUCUAUUGCAUUUGAAGAUUAUUUUCUUUAAUUUAUUGCUUUCCGUUUCGCUAUUGUUCGGUGGAUAAUUGCAACUAUUUAAAAUUUUUUGCUUUAAUCAACUCACUUCCAAGAAUGAAAUGGAUCCAGAAAUUUCCUUUCUACGUGCCACAUUAUUUGCAAAUUCUGACAGUGAAAUAUAACUGUAGUGUUUGUGAGCUAUUGACACCCAAAUUUGCCAUAGACAUUUACAUCCAAAGAAUAAAUGAGAAGUGUCACUUUACAGAGGUUAUUAUCACAUACUCAGUGCCUCAGUUUUGUGGCACGGACGCUAACGAAAGAUCUCUGUUGAGAAGUAAUACUAAAAACGUUGACAGUGGUGUUGAAUCUUUGUGUACUGCAUAUCUAAGCUGUUUGCAGUUUGCAUAAGCGAAACCCAUUGCGUAUGUUACAUGUGCAAAGGCUGAAAGAACUUCAGUGCAAGUCUGCAUACGUGCAUCAUACGAGAUAUCACAUCAGCAACAAAUGCCAAUCAUUGUGCCGAUCUAGUCUGUCGGAAAUAAGGUUGUGUCUUCCAUGUGAUCUGACAGCCAUGCUGUUCACAAGAAGUGCUAGAUUUUGCGCGGAGAGCUCCAUCGACCGCGCAGUAGCAAUCACAAUGCAAUAGGGACGGCAUGUUGUGUUGUGGGUUCUAGACUCGUCAUGCUCGAUAAAGAUUGUGUAAAAGUAUGUAUGAGGACAGUGUCUUUGAGUAGCUUUUCCUGCAGUUGUGCAUGUUUCUUUUAGACAUACAAGCUUCACUAACCUGUUUACAAACAGCAGCACUCUGCUUCUCAACUGCUUUGACCUUUGUUGAACAGUGCCUAGUUGAUCAGCAAGUGCAUACUUACAUGUUCCAGGCUCGGUUGUGUGUUUAGAUGUCUUUGUCACAGAGGCACAUAUAUUUUCAUCCGACAUGAUGAUGUAGUUCUAUUGAUGAUGUUUUCUGUGCUGCCUGUGUUACCUCAACGACAAUGUAGGAAGCAAUGGAAGAAGAGACUGGAUGUGUUGACAUGGACAAACAAUAUCACGGUGUUGUACGAUACUAGAUACACAUAAACCUGUCUUUCGCGUAGACUUUUGCUUAAUAUGUGACUAGGCAAUACUCCAAAGUCUGCAUGACUGUGCUUAAAAUAUUGCCAUUACUCUGUAUAGAAGAGAGUCUAAUAAAGGUACAUAGAGCAUCCACGGAAUGCUUAUGUGCAUGCCGCAGAUAUAAUAUUGAUUGUACGCUAAUGAAGAUCUGAGCCAUACUAAUUUCUCACUUUUUGUUUCCGUACGUUAUGCAGUGUCGCAGGUACAAUUCAGUUCUUAUGCAGUGUCACAGGCAUAAUUCCGUUUCCCCAGCAAUAUUUGCAUGAAUUUCUUAAACAAAUAGACUUUAAAUAAGUAUUACCAGAUCCAUACAUGCAAAGGGAAAGCGCAGUGUAAAUACAGAGAGGUGCUUUCCCUUUGCUUUAUUUUUCUCUUUCACAGAGAGCUUGUUGCUGCAGCUCUUGUAUGAUGUGACAGAGUGAAAGUCGAUGCCUUUCUUAUGACUUGCAUGCUGAAAGAGAUUAUGUGAAUGGCUUGAACUGCAAUUUUGGUGUAUGGUUUUCAGUUUUCUUUUCUUGAACCUGUGCAAGUAUAAUAUUUGAGUCUAGUGAUCUUCCUUAGAGAAAUUUUGCCUUAGGAAAUGUUUGCCUGUGUUUGUCCUCACAGUUGUAUGUUCAUAUCUUCAAGAUUAUUUGAAGAUGGUGUUGACUGCUGCUCUCCUUGCCACACUGUUCUGUUUGUUUCUCCUGUACGUUGUUGCUGUAUGAAUAUUCUGUUGCCUAAAGGGGCACCGAUCUUUGCUUGUUAAACCUUGCCUGGAUGCAGGCUGCAGUUUUCAAUAAAGAGUAAAACCAUAAAAAAAUUAUGGGCAUUUUCUUUUGAGAGUGAACAAAGAUGUGCUGGUUAAAGCCAAGGCACAUGUAAAUGUCCUCUGAUAAGUGCGUUUACAUAAGCGCUUCACAAUUUGCUUAUGCCAUUUACAGUAUAUGUUGACACUGUAUCAGAAGAUGCAGAUACUGUUUAUUCACUGACAUUCCCUCUGACAAGCAUUUGAGAUUUACUGGAUGCUUAACACAAGGAACCUUGCUGCACAUGCAAAGACAUCUGCGUUUUCACUGUUGCACAUAUUGCUCUAGUGCUUGCAGCUGUGUUUGGCUGUGUUCGUUUGGGAAGCAGGCAAAAAGGGGGGGAGCUCAUUGCCUUGUCACAUGUGCAUCAAGCUGCAUUACAUGCUCCGAUGAUUCUUCUACUUCAAUGAAAAUGCCUUGAUGCUCAGGUUAAAAUACCUGGCUCACAAGUGAAAAAUAAUGAGUUAAACUAGAACUGUGGAAUAUAAACUUUUUUGAAUAUGAAUAGUAACUAUCGAAUACCGAAUGGCUAAAAGGCAGAUGCAUAUAUUUACAGGAGAAAUAUUUAUUUUGGCAUAAUUAGGUACCACGCUUGUGCCGACAGCGAAAAAAGAGCCGACUAUCACGAACACGUAGGAUCAGUUUUAAAUGCAAUAUGUCACUUAUUUCCAUUAGAAGAACUGCAUGGAUAGCCUCAGUAUCUUUAGAGCUUAGUUGCAAACAAGCUGCCCAAAAAUGAAAGGCUGCUGUACGACUAGCUUACCAAGAAAGUAAAAUAAAUGAUUGUUGAAAAAGAAAAAGGUCGGCAUGCAAUAGUGGAAAAACAAAGGAAAAAGCUGCUGAAAGACCUGUGUAUCGUGUAAACAUUUAAAAAUGCCCUUGUGAGGAAAACACUGGAUGUAGUGUAAAAAAUAAGAUUGCACCGUGGCCAGGCUGCAAGAAACAAUAAAAUACCUACUAUAGGCAAGAAUCACAGGUUAUCGUUUGCUUCUGACAUGCAAUUGAAAAUAAGCUUGCCUUACUCAUUUUGUUUCUGCGUUGCUUCGAAAACUGGUGUCUAUUUUGUACUUUUGAUAGCUUGCAGUACUUUGUUCUCUGCCACAGUAACAUGACUUUAACAGCCACUAGCAAAAUAUUUUGUUUCAUUGUUCAAAAAUUCCGAAUAGUUCAUUUUUGAAUACAA